AUGUCGCGAUCCUUCUAUGUCGAUUCUCUGAUCAUCAAGGACUCCUCUAGGCCUGCGCCAUCCCUACCUGAGCACCAGCACGGCCCCGAUUUCCUCAUCCCCCUGGGCAUGCCGUCGCCCCUGGUCAUGUCAGUUUCGGGGCCCGGCUGCCAGUCGCGCAAGAGCGGCACUUUCUGCGUGUGUCCACUCUGCGUCACCUCCCACCUGCACUCCGCGCGGACUGGCGGCGGCGCAGGCGGCGGCGGGGGAGGAGGAGGAGGGGGCGGCGGCGGCGGCAGCGGGGCAGGCGGCGGAGCUAUCCCCCUGCUCAAGAGCCAGUUUCCCCCCGGCCCCGGGGACGGGCAGUUCUGCCCCCGGAUGAGCCAUGCCCAUCAUCACCACCACCAGCCGCAGCACCACCAUCACCAUCAGCCCCAGCAGCCUGGCUCUGCGGCGGCGGCCGCAGCUGCAGCUGCUGCGGCGGCCGCUGCUGCUGCCCUGGGACACCCCCAACACCACGCACCUGUCUGUGCCGCCACUACCUACAAUGUCACCGACCCCCGAAGGUUCCAUUGCCUCACCAUGGGUGGCUCUGAUACUAGUCAAAUUCAAAACGGCAAGAGGAUGAGGACAGCUUUCACCAGCACCCAGCUCCUGGAGUUGGAGAGGGAAUUCUCCUCAAACAUGUAUCUUUCUCGACUCCGGAGAAUCGAGAUUGCCACGUACCUCAAUCUCUCGGAGAAGCAGGUGAAAAUCUGGUUCCAGAACCGUCGAGUGAAACACAAGAAAGAAGGCAAAGGUUCGCAGAGGAACAGUCACGGGGGCUGCAAGUGCGUCACUAACCAAGUUCACUACCCGCGCUCUGAGGACGAAGAGUCCUUAUCCCCUUCCUCUGCCAACGAAGACAAGGAGAUCUCCCCAUUAUGAGCUCCCCUUCCUCACAGGGACAAGCUCCAAAGGUCUCUCGGUCCUCUCCUUCCCCAAUCCCUCGGCUCACUUCCUCCAUGAGACCUCCGGGGAGCAUAACUGGCAGGCCCAAAGGAAUCAGAAACAACUUUACAGAGGCCAGCGAAAAACGGUGAACUCAGGCAGAGAAAAGUCUUCUCCAGGGUUCUGCACCUGCUACUGCUGCUGCAAUCACGCCAAGAGGAGCACACUGGCCAACUCCUCACGUCCUCUCUCUGCA